CAAGCCCCGCGCCCAGCGCCCCUCGCCUUGCCGCGGAGUGCUGCGCCCGGGGCGGGCCGGGCCGGGGCGGGCGCGGGUGCGGUGGACUGGGCGGCAGUGGUACUCCGACAGACGGACCCGCACGACACGCAGAGACCAGCCUCGGGCUCCACGGUGGAAGAUGCACAGAGCAGAUUCACCCAAACCACCAGUUGCUCCCAAGCCGAAGGUUACCACCAGUCCUUCUUCGCCAGCAGCCAAGUUUCCCCCCUCACCCAGGCCUGACAGUUUCCCCAGUCCCAACUCCAUGUCCAGGGGCCCCAAACCUCCCAUCGCUCCCAAGCCCAGGCUGGCUGGCCCCAGUGAGUUCGGAGCUGGUGUGCACCUGAACAACAGCCUCAGCAAAUGCAGCAAUGGGAGGCUGCUGUGUGAGGACCGGGGCCUGGAUCAUGGCCACCACUCCACCCUGAACUGCUCUGAGUCGGAGACCGAUGAGGAGUACAUCAUGGUCCCCCGGGCUCCACAGAGAGAGGGUGCUCCCAGGGAUGGGGCUACUGGGGAGCAGGGCUUGGAGGAGGAAGUCCAAGAGCAUGGUGCAGAGCAGAUGGGGACUGAGGGGGACCUGGCAGUCCCAGAUGAAGAGGCUCCAAGCAGAGACAGUGAGGAAGACAUGAGCCACACUCUGGAGGGUGAAGAAGACUGUGAUCACGAUCCAGAGAGAGAUGAGACCCCAACACCCCCAGAUGAAGGGGUGCUAAGCAGAGACCGUGGAGGAGGUGAGGAGGACUGUGACCAGGACCCAGGUAUGGAGGAGCAGCCCAUGAAUGAGGAGGAAGAGGAGGAGCACGUGUCCAACCUUGAUGAUAGGGACCCCCCGGAUGCAGAGGAGCCUUCCCACACAGAGAUCGUUCUCACACAUGUCUGCUCCGAGUCUCUUGAAGUUCCCUGUUGGGAGCCAGGGCCCCCUGAGACUCCUGGAGUGGUAGAAGAGGAUAGCGAAGAUGGAUGUAAUGACACUGAACCUGGGGAGCCUAACCAGGACACUGGACAGGACACAGAGGAUGCCAGCGUGGGGUCCCCUGAAAAUGGGGAGGUGCCCCCAGAUGUCCAGGAGCAAGAGGUGGCACCUGACAGCCCUGAGGUCUUUGAGGAGGACUGUGAAGAUGCUGCCGAAGGUGGGAGCCAGGUAGACCAGGAGGAACCACCCACUUGCGAUGAGGAAGCCUACGACAGAGAAACUGCCGCAGCCACCAUGCAGGUGGGGGAGGACCCUGGAGAGAGUGGAGACCCAGCGCAGGAGGACCCUGCUGAAGAGAACUGCCAGAUCAUUCCCUUUGAGAGCGACAGCGUGGAGGAGGAUUUCGUAUCCACACUCCCAGAAAGUCCCUAUGAACUCUUCCCGACUGAGAGCACUUCCUUCUGCAAUGACAUCUAUUCCCUUUCGGAGUCAGCCAAGGGGCAGGAGCCAGUGCAUGAGGUCUGCACAGAGGAGGUUCCUGGUACCGACCCUUCACCCAACCAGCACGAUUCCCUGCACGAUGGAGCUGGAGAGGCACCCCCUGUCCCUGACGUAGUGGUUGUGCCAGAGGAUGAGGAUGCCAUGGACGAUGCACUCAGCAGUCCCUACGUGAUGGGAGUUGGCUUGCUGAGCCUCGGAGAGGGAACACAGUCAGACACUCAGGCUGCCUCAGGCACUCGGAGUGGGUACAGUGCAUGGGAGGAAGGGGACUCUGAGGGUGGCCUGGUCCCAGUGGAUAGGAAGAAUAUUGCCACAAGGGCCCGGCCCCACUCUGGGAAGGUAGCUGGUCAUGUUCCAGAAACUGUUCUAGAAGAAACAGGACCAGAAGGCUGUUCAUCAACUGUGGGCACCAGAGACACCAGUGAGGAGGUGAGAAAAAUAGCUAUUUUACCAGAGGGGAAGCCCCCUGAGUCUGGCCGUGCCUUGCCAGCCAAGCCCAGAGCAUUCACUCUAUACCCAAGGUCCUUCUCCGUGGAAGGCCGUGAGAGUCCCCUGUCCAUGUUCCGGGAGCCAGAGGGGGCUGGGCUGGACAGCCAUCGUGUGAGGAGGAAAGAAGACAAUCUCUCUCUGCCAGGCGCCAUUGGCUCCUCUGGCAGCUUCUCACAGCGCAGCCACCUGCCGUCCAGUGGCACCUCCACGCCGUCCUCCGUGGUUGACAUCCCGCCCCCUUUCGACCUGGCCUGCAUCACGAAGAAACCCAUCACUAAGAGCUCACCUUCACUCCUGAUAGAUGGCGACACGCUGGAUAAGACCUCCAAGAAGAAGAAGUCCUCCUUCAAACGCCUCCUGGAGCUGACGUUCAGGAAGAAGACAGAGAGCAAGGGGCACAUGGACAUGAACCUGUCCUCUUCCAGGUCCUCCUCCGAGUCCAGCUACCACGGCCCGGCCAGGGUCCUGGAACUCGACCGCAGGAGCCUCAGCAACUCACCCCAGCUCAAGUGUCGCACUGGGAAGGUCCGGGCCUCUGACUCCCCUGCCUCCCUCAUCUUCUACAGGGACGGCAAGAGGAAAGGCGUCCCUUUCAGCAGGACGGUGUCCAGGGUGGAGUCCUUCGAAGAUCGCUCCCGGCCGCCCUUUCUGCCCCUGCCGCUCACCAAGCCACGGUCCAUUUCAUUUCCCAAUGCUGACACUUCGGACUAUGAGAACAUUCCAGCCAUGAACUCGGAUUAUGAGAACAUCCAGAUCCCGCCUCGCAGGCCGGCGCGGGCUGGGACUCUCACAAAGCUGUUUGAAGAGCAGAGUAGAGCCCUGUCGACUGCAAAUGAGAAUGAUGGCUAUGUGGACAUGAGCAGCUUCAACGCCUUCGAGAGCAAGCAACAGAGCUCAGAGCAGGAAGCCGAGAGCGCCUACACGGAGCCCUACAAGGUCUGUCCCAUCUCAGCGGCUCCCAGAGAGGACCUCACAUCCGACGAAGAACAGGGAAGCUCCGAGGAGGAGGACGACAGUGCUACAAGAGACCCCAGCCUCACACACAAGGUUGAGGGACAGUCCAGAGCCCUUGUCAUUGCUCAGGAGCUGCUGUCUUCAGAGAAAGCAUAUGUGCAGAUGCUGCAGCACUUAAGCCUGGAUUUCCAUGGAGCCGUCCUGAGGGCCUUGGAGGACAUAGAGCAAGAGGGCAGAGAGCCACUGGCCCAAGAGGAGCUGCGGCAGGGCCUGCGGGAGCUCCCAGCUAUCUGCGACCUUCACCAGGGCAUCCUGGAGAACCUGGAGCAGAGGCUGGGGGAUUGCAGUGGGGAGGGCCAACAGCAGGUGGCCGACAUCUUCCUGGCCCGCGAGCAGGAGUUUGAACACCAUGCCGCACACAUCCUGCAGUUCGACAGGUACCUGGGGUUGCUCGCGGAGGGUUGCCUGCUCUCACCCCGGCUGGCCACCACCGUCCGGGAAUUUGAGCAGAGUUCACAAGGGGGCGGCCAGAGCAUGAAGCAUCGUAUGCUGCGUGUAGUCCAGCGCCUCUUCCAGUACCAAGUGUUGCUCACUGACUAUUUAAACAACCUGUGUCCGGACUCAGCCGAGUAUGACAACACUCAAAGUGCUCUGACUCUCAUCUCUAAAGUGACAGACCGUGCCAAUGAAAGCAUGGAGCAAGGGGAAAACCUGCAGAAGCUGGUCCACAUCGAGUAUAGUGUGCGGGGCCAAGGGGACCUCCUCCAACCAGGAAGGGAGUUCCUGAAGGAGGGAACACUGAUGAGAGGGAGGGGAAAAAGCCGACACCCCCGGCACCUGUUCCUGAUGAACGACACGCUUCUCUACACACACCCCCAGAAGGAUGGGAAGUACCGUCUGAAGAGCUCACUGCCAGUGGCCAGCAUGAAGGUCAGCCGCCCCGUGAUGGACAAAGUGCCCUAUGCUCUGAAGAUCGAAACUCCCGAGUCCUGCCUGACACUGUCUGCAAGCUCCUGCGCUGAGAGAGACGAGUGGUACUACUGUCUGAGCAGAGCCCUCCCGGAGGACUACAAGACCCAGGCUCUGGCUGCCUUCCACCACAGUGUGGAGAUCCGGGAGAGGCUGGGGAUCAGCCUCGGGGAGAGGCUCCCCACGCUGGUACCUGUCACACAUGCCAUGAUGUGCAUGAACUGCGGAUGUGACUUCUCGCUCACCGUGAGGCGCCACCACUGCCACGCCUGUGGCAAGAUUGUGUGCCGGAACUGUUCUCGAAACAAGUACCCACUGAAGUGCCUCAAGAACCGGAUGGCCAAGGUCUGUGAUGGCUGCUUCCGGGAGCUGAAGCUGAGGAAUGGGCCUGUCCCAGGCCCCAUGAGAGAGCGUCCAGUCAGCAUGAGCUUCCCACUGUCCUCAUCCCGCUUCUCCUCGGGCAGCACCUUCUCCUCCGUCUUCCACAGCAUUAGCCCUUCAACUUUCAAGAAGCAGAAAAAAGUCCCUUCAGCCUUGGCAGAGGUGGCGGCGUCGGGAGAGGGCUCGGCCAUCAGCGGCUACUUGAGCCGCUGUAAGAGUGGCAAGCGGCGCUGGAAGAAACUCUGGCUAGUCAUCAAGGGCAAAGUGCUCUACACCUACCUGGCCAGUGAGGACAAAGUGGCCAUGGAGAGCAUCCCUCUGCUGGGUUUUACUAUUGCCCCAGAAAAGGAGGCCGGCAGCAAUGAGGCAGGACCUGUCUUUCACCUUUACCACAAGAAAACCCUGUUUUAUAGCUUCAAAGCAGAGGACAGCAAUUCUGCUCAGAGGUGGAUGGAGGCCAUGGAAGACGCCAGCGUGUUAUAGCAGUCACUCGGCGCAUGGACUCACAACAGACUCUUACGUUAAUGUGUGAACCCUUCCAGAAGCUGCUCCUGGUUUCAGCUCAUCUGGAUGCACGUGUGGGUUCUGCAUGGGGCUUGACCUUUGCCCUCACAGGUGGAACCCUGAGGGAUAUUUAUGAACCUCUUCUUUUCUGCCUCCAUGCUCCCCAGCCCCCAUCACAAACUGUACCCUUAUCUAAAAGUGGGUUAAAAUUUAGUACCUAGAAGACAUGGAAACCAAGAGAAAAGGACAUUUAGCAACAUGGGCUUUUUAGUAGAAACUGGCUUUUCCUGGUUUUACUCCUGGCGAAUAGGACCACUUUCCACUUUCUGCAAUGUCCAUACGGUGCCUCGGGUGAUGUGGGAACCAGCCAGAACAAGACAGCGGCCCAUCGAAGCACUUUACCAUCACGUAGAGCGGCAGCCUGCUGUGCCGGGUCUUCCGAGAGAUGGACGGGAGUUGGCCGCAGAUGGGUCCGGGGACUCCACUUGCUGUGGAAAGUUGACUCCUGCAGCCUUGCUGUGGCUUGCCAGGCUAGGAGGGAGGGGAGCAUGCUCCCUUCCGAAGACCCUGCCGCCUGAACUGCCACAGCUUAGCAGGCGUGUGGUUCCCUCCCUCCCAGAAUCCUCAGCACCACACCAGGGCUGCCCACUACUGCAGCACAGAUCCCUUAAGAAAGACGGAAGAUCUACAUCUGCUUUCAUCUCUGUGUGCUUUCCUGUGGACACACCGUGCACGCUACCACGCUGUGGAUGGGAGUUUGUCCUCACUGUGACACAUGUCCUUGAGCCGUAUCACCCAUGCCAGCUUACUUUUUGAGAGCAGUAAAGAAGGGAGAGAGAAGGGAGGUCAUCAGAAAAUGGUCUGGGCAGAGAGAUGGCUUGAGCAGUACAGAAGCACUGUGUGGCUGGAGAACACUUUGCACACCUAGGCUGAGCCACCUCGGAGCUGAAAGAUGCUUUGCACACCCAAGGCAAAGAGUGCCAGCUCCCUCGGGGCACCUGAGGCAGAGCCACCUCUUGCUGGACAGUUCUUUAUGCUGGAUGGAUUUUAUACAAUGUAGGGAGGAGGGACAGGAUUCCUCCUCAUUCUCACUGAAA